AUGGCCAGUCAUGCUCGCCGACCUCUCAGUGCCCGCCAGCAGGAACUCCCUUUUGGAUUCUCGUCGCAGAAGCUACCAGGUCGUCUCCCAGCUUCAGUGAAACGACCGCGUUCUCCCGAACCCAAUACGGACGUGGUUCCCACACAAGCAAACCCCAAGCGGGUGAAGGCAGUCAACGUUGACUCUUCAACGUUGGCCACCCCAGACAGCAAGGAACGCAGGGAUAAGGAGCAGAGGAGGUUGCUACGUGAAGCGACUAAGAAUGAAUUCCGUGUCAAAUACACGCGCGCAUUUCCAAGUUUCGUCUUUUACUUUGACUUGGAUCAGCUGGAUUCGCAAUCCUCGGCGUUUAGGAGCUCCCUCAUGGCCAGAGUAACUUUUCUUGGUGCCCGCGUCGAUGACUUCUUCUCUAAUGAGAUCACUCAUUUGAUCACGGAUGAAGUCGUUCCAGCGACAGACGAUACUGCUUGUAACAAAGAAAAUACUCACUCUACAAAUGGACUUGCCGGACGAUCAGCGCUGUGGCUCAAGAGCCCUGUCAAGCUUAAAGGCCGGUGGGUUAACGCUGAUGAUAGCUGUGUGCAACAUUUCAGCCUUGUGGAGAAGGCGCAGGCGUUCGGAAUGAAGAUUUGGAAUCCCGCGAAGUUGGAUAGUGUGCUCGAACGCUGCGAUCUGCGUGUACCAGCAACACUCAAGCAAGCUUCAAGCGCGCAAUCUGUCACCCCCACUGCGAGUCAGCGGUCCCUUACACGCCUGCUCGCGUCAGAGCGCCUUCACGGAACUACAGAGCGCGAUCCUACUCAGAAGCGCCACGACUUCCGAUAUUUUUCAAAAUCCAGCUGCUUCGUCAUAGUGGAGGACGUGAAGCAGGAACUGGCCACCAUUCAUGCUCUCGAAUAUCCCAUCACGAAAGGGAGAGAUGGCAAAGAACGAGGUGCCUGGCCUGUCCUCCACUGUCAUCCCCACGCUAGGGGGCCGUUCAUCGAAUUCGAUGAACGUGAGAGGAGACGAUGGGAGAAAAUUAAACGUGUGGAAGAAGCUCGAGAAUACGAAAGACGACAGAAGGUUGCCAGAGAACUCCAGCGGAAGAAACGUGCAGAAGCCUGUCUGGUGUCUCGGAAAGCUGGCGACCUUCGCCGCUCAGUGUCUAUGAGCAACUUAAACCGUCAAGUCACAACCGGUUGUGUGGAGGAAUCCGUAGAUUUGGACGUCGAUAUUCCCGAAACUCAAGCUUCCGCUAAUGCCUCAGGUUACUUGGCAUCUACGUGUACAGGUGCCUAUGUAGCUGCCUCAGGCAACAGUGUAGCGAUCGCAUCCACAACGGGAACCACUUCGACGGUUGGCGGCGCACCUCGGACUUUGGAUCUGCCAGCACACCUACGUGGACGCAUCCAACGACAGAUCGUAACGUCGCGCAAAGUCUCCUCUUUUAGCGCGAAAAGCACUCAGAAUGGGAAGCCUGCAGUAAUGGGCCCCCCUGACGUUAUACCUGACCGUGCGCUUCUUAGAAAGAGCCGUAGCACCAAUACGCUGCGGUUACCCAAGCGAGAUGAAGGGACUAAGCCCGGUUACUGUGAGAGUUGCAGAGUCAAAUUUGAUGAUUUUGAAUAUCACAUAAGGGACCGCAAGCAUCGCAAGUUUGCUGAAGAUGACUCAAACUAUCUACAGCUGGAUUUUCUCCUCGACCGGGUAAAGCGCCGUACCCGGCAGCAUUCCGACGAAGAAAAGCAGCGUUUCACAAAGGAGUUUCAACUCCGUCCCACCGUACAAGCUGAAGGAAGCUCUUCUUCGACAGGUUGCUCCAAGACCCUCGAGCAUACUACCAUGUUGGACUAUGAUACUGAAGCUGAGGGUGAGACUAUGGACUUGAGCUAA